GGUUUUUCCCAUCUCUACUGAGAGGCGUUUGUGUGUAAAUUAUACAUUUUUGAAAUAACGUGUUAUCAACUAUUCAAAUCGGCUGAGUAAAUGCGAAUAUUAUUGCAAUACCAAGCAAAAAUCGUAGGAAAACGAAACAAUAUAAAUACCCCUCAGCCACUUUACCCAAAGUCGCUUUGGCCUGGCCAUAUCAGGCAACGUCGUCAAUAUACGUCAAAGUUCGUUGGAUGCAUUGGAAGCGUGCUCUAUGUUAGGCUCAAUAGUUAGCUGAUUGGUGUGUGUUCGGGCCGGCUGAAGAGCAAGAGCAAAAGCUAGAGAAACGGCUAAGCAAAUCAGCGAUUGCCGCGAGUGAUAGGAGAGAGAGGAGAGAGAGAGAGAAGAGGCCUGCUUGUUGCCGUGCGGUUAUCAAAAAUACUCAAAAUUGAUAGAAACAACAAAAAGGCUGCUGCAACUGGUGCCUCAGCCGAGGACCAGCCGCCGCGCAAAAAGGGACGUCGUUCAGGAGGACCAACUAGCAGCACCAGUACCGCCAGCACCAGCACCAGUUCCAGUCAAGAGAGUGAUAGUUUCAGCGCCGCUAUAGUGGCAAUUGAGGCGGCAUCAACUUCAAAAGCGGCACAAAUAAUAAACGAAUUACAAUUACAGCUAAACAACAAUCAUUCAAAUCCUGCCGCAUCCACAAGUUCAUCAUCAAGUAGCAGUAGCGGACAGGACAAAUUCCCUACGAACAAUAGCAACGCCGGAGGGAAACGGCUUAAUAGUAACAAUAAUAAUAAUAAUAGCUUCGAUUCUGGAGUAAAUAUGCAGAAUACUGCCUCCUCGACAUCGGCUGGAUCGGUUUCCGGUUCUGCAAGUUCCGGUUCCGUUUCCGGAUCAAGAUCUCUAGAGGUAUCCGCCGCAGUGGAUUCAGCUGGCAGUGGAGAUAGUGCUGCAGUUAGCCACGAAGGCACUGGCACUGGCACUGGCACUGGCACUGGCCCUGGCACCGGCAGUGGCAGUGGUGGCGGUGGUUGUGCCUCUGAAAUUGGAAUCGAAGCAGAUCAGCCAUCCGGAAGUAGUAGCAACAAUAGUAAUGCCACAAAUGGACACGACUCGAAACACAAUGGGUUCAUUGUGAAUAAUAAUGGCAGCAAUAGCUGCCCACUUGACAGCGAAAAUAAUCGAGAGAAUAACACCGUAUAUAGCGGUGUGCACUUGGAUAAGUCGAAUCAGGAAAUUAUACGACUUAUUGGACAAUAUCUGCACGAUGUCGGACUAGAUAAAUCGGUAAAGACGCUUAUGGUUGAAUCCGGUUGCUAUUUGGAGCAUCCGUCGGCAACCAAAUUUCGGGAACAUGUUUUAAAGGGUGAUUGGCCACGUGCGGAUGCUGAUCUUAAGGAACUGGAGCCACUAAUUGAUAAUGGAAAGACAACCACAAUAACUGAAAUGAAAUUCAUAUUACUUGAACAAAAGUAUUUAGAACAUUUGGACGAUGGUAAUCCAUUGGAUGCAUUACAAGUGUUGCGCAGUGAACUGACCCCGCUGCAACAUAAUAUAUCACGAGUGCAUCAGUUGUCCUCAUACAUGAUGUGCUCCACCAAUCAUGAUCUUUAUCAGCGAGCCAAAUGGGAGGGCAAGGGUAUAUUGUCGCGUGCCCUUGUGAUGGAACGUCUGCAGACAUUUAUGCCGCCAUCGGUGAUGAUGUCACCUCGGCGGCUGCGCACCCUGCUCCAGCAGGCAGUCGAACUGCAAAGCCAACACUGCCCCUGUCACGAUAUGGCCUGGGAGACCAAUUUGCAGACAGUGUCACUGCUCACAGAUCACUGUUGCACCACAGAUGGUUUUCCCAUGCAGACCAUACAAAUACUCACCGAUCAUUGCGAUGAGGUCUGGUCCUGCAAGUUCUCUCCUGAUGGCCUUAAAUUAGCCACGGGCAGCAAGGACUCUACUGUGAUUAUCUGGGAUGUUGAUCCAUAUAAGCUGACAUUGAAACACCGCCGUGUGCUUGAUGGCCCGGCACAGGUUAGUGUUAGCUUUGUCAGUUGGAGCCCAGACUCAAAGCUAAUCCUUGUGGGUGGCACCGAGGACUCGCACGAGCUCUAUAUAUGGAAUGUGGACGAUGGCAAGCUUGUGGUGAAGUUUUCGCAAUCAUUGGAGGAUAGUUUAGCUUGCGGUGCUAUCAGUCGUGAUGGAUCUCGUUUCGUAUGUGGUGGACAGAAGGGGCAACUAUAUUUAUGCGAUCUAAAUGGGACUAUAGUUGACUCAUGGGAGGGUGUACGUGUGAAUAGUAUAGCUUUUCGGGCGGAUAACAAAACGAUUCUUGCAGCCGAUAAUCAUUAUCGCAUAAGAGGCUAUAAUUUUGAUAAUCCACGCUCUGACUUUGAUAUACUGAGAGAGCCGCAUCCCAUUAUGACGUUCAGCAUUAAUUCGGCGGAUCGCUUGGCCCUGCUUAAUGUAUCAAAUCAGGGCCUCCAUCUGUGGGACAUCGAGGACAAGUGUUUGGUGCGACGUUUUCAAGGAAUACGACAAACUAAUUUUGCCAUACAUUCUUGCUUUGGUGGCGUCAAUGAAAGCUUUGUGGCCAGCGGUAGCGAGGAUAAGGUUGUCUACAUUUGGCAUAUUAAGCGUGAAGAGCCAUUGGCCAAACUGGCUGGUCACACCAAAACGGUGAACUGUGUGUCCUGGAACCCAGUCUUUCCGUCCUUACUGGCCAGUGCCAGUGAUGAUGCCACAGUACGCAUUUGGGGACCGAAGCCGAAUGGGAGUAGCGCAACAACUGAAAGCGAUGACUGCUCCUCAAGCUCUUCGUCGUCCUCGUGGAAUAUGACUUAGAUGCCCCUCCCCAUCCUCAUCCCUUCAUGCCAUUUAGUCGAUGUGCGUGAAAAAACCAAGUAGAUCUAUAUAUUAAACGGAUUCUGAUUUAGUUCUAGUAACUCCCAACCCUUAAUGUCCAUGGACAAUGUAUGAUGAUGAUAAUGAUGUAAACUGCCAUUACAACAGAAUGUAUGAGCAGCAUGACUUUACAAUUAGCAAUUACUUAAGUACAUUCACACUAUUUUCCGCGGAAUGGAGAAAACAAAAAACAAAAACAAAAAAAAAAAAAUCAUAAACAUG